CCUGCGCCUUUGUUGUCAGGCUGUAUCUGAGCGGAUGUAUUUUUUUCUCAGAGUACAAAAACUCAGCUAUUUAGGUGGAAAGUUGUCGUCUGAGAUGAUUUCAGAGACGUUUUGAUGUCAUUGGAUCAUCCCAAAAGUGGGAUUAGUGGGAACGUUAAAACUCAGGUCUCCUUAUUCAAGAGGAACAAACAAAGGGUACACAUGUCGUCUGCAGCAGAGACGGUGGAAAAUGCCUCCAUCAUUGCAGAGAGCGCGGCGCAUGAUGGAAACCGCCUGUGGAUUGGCAACAUCGAUCCCAAAAUCACAGAGUAUCAUCUGGUAAAGCUUUUGGAAAAGUUUGGCAAAGUUAAACAGUUCGACUUCCUGUUUCAUAAGUCUGGGCCUUUGGAGGGGCAGCCACGCGGCUACUGCUUUGUCAAUUUCAGCACCAGAGAGGAGGCAGAGAGGGCGAUUCAGCGUUUAAAUGGGAAGCUAGCUUUAUCUAAGAAGCUAGUGGUGCGAUGGGCGCACGCUCAGGUGAGGAGGUUUGAAGGAUUUCGGAAUGAGAAGACCAUGCCUGCAAGCCUCGAACCAUCAUGCAGUGGUUCAACAGAGGCAGGAUCCAUUACUACAAGCAACCUCAGCACGAGCGCUAAGAUACGUGCAAUUGAGGCCAAGCUCCAGAUGAUGGAGGAGAAUCCAGAUGAUAGCUUCUCAGGGCCGUCAGCCUAUGUUUACAACAAACCGCCUGAGAGGAAGCGAUGGGAGCCCUACUCUAAAUCGCACCACAGUAACCAGAGCCGGCCCUUCCGCAAGUUUAGGAGAUGACCCAUUCUCCUCCCUGCUCUGAAGCCCCCUCUCCCCCAUCUCCUCCAUGUUUUGCUCUCAAUCCACCAUCUCUACACAGACUCUUAAAUCUGAGAACAGAAUAUUUUGCAGCUGAAGCAGAUGAACAAUAGCAGGACUGUAUUGAUGAGAAAAGUUUGUUUUUACUGCUGUGCCAGCGAUCUGACUGGCUCUUCUAUUGAGCUCCUCUGUUACAUUUUUAAUGCAGUUCAACUCUUCUCAAAAUUUUUGUUUUUUUUUAAACAAGUUUUCUUGUGUUUGCAUUAUUAUUUAAUUAAUAAAAUGUUUUUAAUUUGU